CUUAAAUACACUAACUAACCAAAAUUCCCCCCUCUCUCCUACUUUCUCUUCCUAUCUCUCUCUACUCUCUCUCCCAAAAUCUAAUUUUCUUUUUUUUUUUGGUUAUUUGGCAAAUAAGCCCAAAAAGGAAAUAGAGAAGCAGUGACAAAAAAAAAAGUAAAAAGAAAAAGGAAAUAGAGAAGAGCAUAAAAAAGGUAACUUGAGUCCCACCCAACUCACACCCUAGCUCUUUCUGUUUUCAUCACAUUCCAUUCUCCACAAGCACGAAGUUGCUAGUUCUCCAUCUACGUACGAAACCUUUUCCAUAGAAGAAUAUGGCUAAGAUUACUCUGAGGGUCGUUAGAAAGCCCAACUUGAUGAAGAAGAAGCAUACUAGUAUCUCUGUCAAAGAGAUAACCAAAGCAUCUUUCGAGACCGCCCUUCCGAAGAAACCUUCCGCCGACAACGUAACCCUAGACGGAGGCAGAAUCAAUUCGUCCUCGUGGGUUAAACUUCUCUUACUCGGAACAGGAGCGUACGGUUCGGUUUAUCUAGGUACCAGUAAAAGCAAGACACACCAUACAGGUGACAGAGCCAUCAAAACCGCAGAGAUUUCUCACGCUUCAAGCCUCAUGGACGAAGGCAGGAUCAUGAUCCGUUUACAAUCUCCGUUCAUUGUCCGUUGCUACGGCGACGAGAUCGCACGCGAGGGCUACUCUACGCAAUACAAUCUGAUUCUCGAGUAUUGCUCUGGCAAAACCAUUGCCGACUUGAUCGAGGAUAAUCACGGCGAGCUUCUUGAGUCGGAGGCCAAAGUGUUCGCUAGAGAUGUCUUGUCUGGUCUCACUUACAUCCACGACAGAAACAUCGUUCACUGCGACAUCAAACCCGACAACCUCUUACUCUCCCCUACCGCUGUCCGGUUCAGGUCUACCGGGUACUUGACCAAGAUUGGAGAUUUUGGAUUAGCUAUGGAGAAAGGGUCGGUCGAGUACGGUAACGGAUACGGCCACAAGAGAGGCACCACGAGGUACAUGUCUCCGGAGCUUAUUGGGCAUGGCUUUGUGGACUUUGGAGCGGACGUGUGGGCCUUUGGAUGCACGGUCUUGGAGAUGUUAUCCGGAGCAACAGUUUGGGGAGAAUACGGUGAUCUUGCCUUUGAUGAUUGGGUCAAUCUCAUUGGCCACAGCGAUCGCAUGCCUCAUGUACCGGCUUGGUUAUCCAAAGAAGCACUGGAUUUCUUGAGCAGAUGCUUGGAGAGAGACGUUAACAAGAGGUGGUCUACGCUUGAACUCAAGAACCAUCCUUUUGUUCUGCUAUGAGGAAGGCGAAUAAAGAAGAUAAACUAAUUUGAUGUUUUAAUGUUCUUUCAAUUGUUUGGAACAAUUUUGUAUUCUUCUCGUAUCUGAUGUUUUGUC